AUGGAUUGUGUAGUAGGACAUGGAGUAAGUCUUGGCAAACAAGUGCAGUUCAUUAGAAAAGAUCACCAAUGCAAAUGGAUCCAGGUUGUUCACACUGCCUCAGAAGAACUUGGAAUGUACAAAAACAUUUGGCAAGGUGAACAACUGCACAAAAUAGAAGUAGAAUUGUGUGAGAUGGCUGAUCAAAUUGUAGCAAUUGGACCCAAGCUGACAGAUGCUUACAAGGGUUACCUUCGUGGUAGUAAAAAAGAGCAAAAUGUCAUUAAUCUCACUCCAAGCAUUUUCCCUGAAUUUUUGAAAGUGGAGCAAGCCCCUGAAGAAAGAAGAACUUUCAGUGUUCUAGUCAUUGGAAGUGGUGACAGCUGUGAAGAUUUCAUAUUGAAAGGUUUUGACCUUGCAGCUCAAGCAGUUGCGGAGUUGAAAGAUAAGUCUUACAAACUCAAGUUUGUUGGUGCACCAAGAGGGAAAGAAGAUGAAAUAGCAGAUAAAUUGCUUCAACAUGGUAUUGAUCGUAAUCAGCUAAUUGUCCGCAGCUUCAGUGACAGUAGAGAAGUAUUAGCUAACUUAUUCUGUGAGUCAGAUCUUGCCAUAAUGCCAUCCAAGACUGAAGGAUUUGGAGUCAGUGCUCUUGAAGCCUUAUCUGCUGGUUUGCCUGUACUUGUCAGUGGUAAUUCUGGACUUGGAGAAGCUCUGAAGGAGGUGCCUCAAGGAUCUCAGUUUGUGGUUGACUCUGAAGAUCCAAAAGAGUGGGCCAAAAAAAUCAAGGUGGUACAACAGACAAAGAGGGAGGUGCGACUUUCAGAAUCAAGGCUUCUACGUGAAAAUUAUCAGGAAAAGUACAGCUGGGAAAAGCCCAUUAGACGUCUUGUGGAGAGGAUGUACAGUCUCAUAUUUGGUAAGCUAGCCUGUGCAUUGGUUUUUUGGGAAAUAAUUUUAAUUAAGACAAGUGAUUUAAUUGAUACCAAGUACAUGUACUCUUAAUCACAGUCAAAAAAUUUUAGUUUUUCAUCAUUUUAUACACCAAGUCAGGUGACAGGGGUUCUUUAUUUCAGUUGCAAGAUAAGAAAUAUGAAAACCUGGGGUUUUGAAGAGGUUUAUUUUGCUAAUUAAAUAAAAAUUUAACGAGGUGAGGUGCCUUUAGCUAAGGGGAUAUUCUUGGUUAGCAGUCAUCUUCACAUUUGAGGGCACAUGAGUGGUCAAAAAGUGGCUGUUUGCAAGUGUAGGUGCCCUAGGACCAUGGAAAAUUCAGAGCUGUGGCAUCCUCCACCUGUGAGCUAUUCUCUCUGUUCUGACCUUAUGGCUAGCUUGCAGAGUGUCAGUUCAGAAUUGGGACUCAUGACUGGACUGGGUUGCGGAAAUUUGCCAGCUGUGACAGUUACUGUACAGUAUCUUAGAGAUGUUUGGCCACAGUAGAAAACCCUGUACACCCAAAUCAUCAACCUUACAUUUAAGUGAGGUGGUUUCUCCAGAAAUGAUUCCCACUGAUUUCAACAAACGCCAGGUACCAGCAGUCUACCACUCAUAAAAGACCACUUACCACUGUUUGCUUAGCUUGCAAAGAGGCUCUCAUGUUUGGGUAUACUGCCAUCUAUAAGAGAGCUCAAUACUCUCUGUUUUCCUGCAAACAGGCUCUUGUGUUUUGCUCUUCUACUGCCUGAAAGACCUCUCAAUGGCAUCUGUUUAGCCUGCAAGCAGGCUAUCAUGUUUGGGUUUCGCGUUAUGGUCCUUUUCCAGACACAGCUGCCUUUUAGACCAUCAGCAGUCACUUGUGAAAAUGUUAUUGAGACACCUGUAUGUUUUGAAAUUAAAUGCUGGGAUUUUAGAACUUCGUCAUAAUAAGGUCAAGGAGUAGGUCAAGAAACAAUCUGGGAAUUUCAAACACCUCUAGCCGUGGUCACCAUGUAGAAGCCAAACUGUGACACAGUGAUCAAUGCUGACCGUGAAAGACUACCACAGUCAAGCUAAGAACACAUUUUCAAAAGUUUCUAUUAAUAAUUAAGCCAAACAAAAAAGAAGUGGCUCUGCCAAACAAAGGAAGAAAUGGCUCUGAUCUCUUGAUUAAAAAAAAAAGUUGUCUAUCGUAAAGACUGACUAAUUAAUAAAAAUCAAAAAAGUUUAAAAAAAAAUGGUGAAAAUGAAAGUUUUGGCCUGAUCAGACACAGGAAUACUUGGAAAAGAAAAGUUAUGAGCUGCACAUGAAGGGAGAAUAAAUGCAAAUGAGUGUCCACUGAAUUCUUCAGAUCCACUGAGCUGUAGUUGUAACUGCAGUAGUUGUUUUAAAGUAGAUGUAAAUACUUGUACAGAAGCAAUUAGAUGAAGUUCUUCUGAGAAAGUUGAAGCUUUUUGUACCAGAAGAUGGUGAAAGACAGAGAAAUUUGAUAUUCACCCUUUUGAGGCCAUUACCUUGCUUAAGAACUAAUUUUCUCGUGGACUCAGUAUGAUCUAUUGCUAUUUUUGAAAGGAAAACACAAACAGACCAUUAAUUAAGUGAAUUGUCAGUUAAUAAAUAAUGUCAAAAGAAGCAUGUUCUAAUUGGUUAAUUUGUGAUUGUGCACCAUGAUAAUUAUGAAGCAAACCUGUCAUUGCAACUGGAGAUAAGAGGCCAGCCUCUAUUAUGUUAGAUUCAUGAUUACUAUUCUAAGCAAUUCAGGGAAAAACUGAUAAACUAUCAUCACCUCUGAAGUAAUAUUAAGAUGUUCAGUGAUGUCAAUUUUCUUGUUAAUUUUCAAAUUACUCUGAGAACUGUUAAACUAUAGUCACCUUGAAGGUAAUAUUAGGAUGUUAAAUGAUGUGAAUUUUUUUGUUCAUUUUUAAAUGAGUCCCAAACUUGUAUGCCUCGGAAAGCUUACCAGUGGGCCAUGAUAUUUUUAAAAUCAUUCCUUUGUCCUUCCCAGGACAAAGAGCUGUAUUUAACUGAUGUUGUGUCUCUUUUUGCUCUAAAAGGCUCCUCUGGUGAUCACUCAUUUCAUUCAUCCAUGGAAUAUGGACAGUUUCCUUUCCUUCAACCUCAGUGUCUCAAGACAACCUUUUUCAAGAGAGAAGUCACUCUCAAAGUAAGCAAAAUUUAUGGUGAAGUGUUAUUACUACACCUUUCAGUUUUCCAUGUAAAGCAAAGUUUAUCAUUGUUAUUAUUAUUACUAUUAUUGUAUUUCCUAUUAUUAUAAUGGUUUGUUUUCAGAGACAUAAACUGUGCAGUGUUUGUAAAUGGUUAAGUUUGUAUCCUCUAAAGAAAUGUUGCAAAACACUGAGGAAUUUGUCAAAAAGGGAACAUAUAAAACUGUUUGCCAUGGGACCAGUGUGAAUGUGAUUUGUUAUAUGGCACAACAAAGAAAGUAGAGGACACAAUAUGGAAACAAAUCAAUUACAAAUUACCACAUUAAUGGCAGUCAUUAGUCAACAGUGGCCCGUAACAUUGCUGUUACCCUCUGACUUCAUAGAUUUUAUGAUUUAUUUUUGGUGAGAUACUUUUGACAGGUGACCCCAAAGUAACCAAUGCAAGCACUCAUGAAAGGGUUAGGGGCACUUUUCAGCAGAGUUUAUAUAGGCAGGGAAAAAGGGAGUUGGGGCUAAGGGAUGGAGUGUCCAGUUUAGACUUUGUAUAGGGGAUUUUUUAUGAUCUUCGUAGCUUUUAACAAAGGUAUAAAGCCAUUAUCUCUGUUCUAACCCUAUGGUAAGCUUGUAGAGUCUUAGUUCAGAAUUAGGGCUCAUGACUAGGUUGAGUUGCAGAAAUUUGCCAGCUGUGACAUUAGUAUAUUCUGCUCUGUAUCUGAGAGGUAUUUAGCCAAUGUGAAAGCCCUGUACACCUAAGACAUCCACCUGACAUUUAAGUGUGGUGGCAGUUCCUGUACAUCUCCAAAACCCCCCCCCCCCUACCACUGUCUGCUUAGCCUGCAAAGAGGCUCUCAUGUUUGGGUAUAGUGCUGCUCAUAAGAGUGCUUACUUUCUGCCUUUUUUUCCUGAAAACAGCCUUUUGUGUUUGGGUCUCCUGCGUCCUGUAAGACCUUCAGUGAAUAAAUACUUGAUGUUCAAAGAAGCAUAUUCUAAUUGGUCAAUUUGUUAUUGUGCACCAUUAGGUUUAGGAAGCAGGCCCUUUAUUGCACCUGAAGAUACGAGGCCAGCCGCUACAAUGUCAGGUGAUGACUAUUCCAAACAAUUCAGGAGAGAACUGUUAAACUAUAGUCACCUUGAAGUUAAUAUUAAGAUGUUAAAUGAAGUAAAUUUUUUUAGUUAUUUCUAAAUGAGUCCCAAACUUGUAUGCCUCGGAAAGCUUACCAGUGGGCCAUGAUAUUUUUUAAAAAUCAUUCCUUUGUCCUUUCCAGGACAAAGAGCUGGAAUUAACUGAUGUUGUGUCUCUUUUAGCUUUGAAAGGCUCCUCUGGUGAUCACUCAUCUCAUUCAUCCAUGGAAUAUGGACAGUUCCCUUUUCCUUCAACUUCAGUGCCUCAAGACAACCUUUUUCAAGAGAGAAGUCACUCUCAAAGUAAGUGAAAUUUAUGGUGAAGUGUUAUUACUACAACUUUCAGUUUUUCAUUUAAAACAAAGUUCAUACAUGGUAUAGUUAUUAUUAUUACUUUUAUUGUAUUUCCUAUCAUUAUUAAUAAUGCUUUGUUUUAAAAGACAUUAACUGUGCAGUUUUUGAGUAUAGUUAAUUUUAUAUCAUUUAAAGAAAUGUUUCAAAACACUCAGCAAUUGGCAGAAAAGGAAACAUAUGAAACUGUUUACCACGGGACCAGUGUUUAUGCGAUUUGUUAUAUGGCCGACAAAGAAAGUAGAGGACAAAGUAUGAAACAAAUCAAGGGCAAAUUAAUACAGUAUUCUAACUGGCUAAUUUGUUAUUGUGCACUGUUACGUUUAGGAAGAAGACCUGUUAUUGCAACCAGAGAUAAGAGGCCAGCCUUUACUGUUUUAGGUGAUCACGAUUCUAAACAAUUCAGGGGAGAACUGAUAGACUAUCAUCACUCUAAAGGUAAUAUUAAGAUGUUUGAUGAUGUUAAUUUUUCUUGUUCAUUUUCAAAUGACUCCCAAAUCUGCAUGCCUAGGAAAGCUUACAAGUGGACCAUGAUAUUUUUAAAAAUCAUUCUUUUGUCCGUCCCAGGACAAAGAGCUUUAGCUAACUAAUAUUGUGUCUCUUUUUGCACUAAAAGGCUCCUCUGGUGAUAACUUAUCUCAUCCAUUCAUGGAAUAUGGACAGUUUCCUUUCCUUUCAACUUCAGUGUCUCAAGACAACCUUUUUCAAGAGAGAAGUCACUCUCAGAGUAAGUGAAAUUUAUGGUGAAGUGUUAUUACUACUGACACCUUUCAGUUUUCCAUGUAAAGCAAAGUUUAUUAUUGUUAUUGUUAUUACUAUUAUUGUAUUUCCUAUUAUUAUAAUGGUUCGUUUUCAAAGAAAUUAAUUGUGCAGCAUUUGUAUAUGGUUAAGUUUGUAUCUUCAAAAAAAAUGUUGCAAAUCACUGAGGUAAUUGUCCAAAAGGGAACAUAUAAAACCUUUUUGCCACUGGACCAGUGUUAAAUUGAUUUGUUAUAUGGCACAACAAAGAAAGUAGAGGACACAAUAUGGAAACAAAUCAAUUACAAAUUACCACAAUGCUACAAUUUCACAUUACCUUCACCUUAGCCUCAAUCACGCUGUGUUCACGUGCAGUGGCGGUCGUUAGUCAACAGUGGCCCGUAACAUUGCUGUUACCCUCUGACUUCAUAGAUUUUAUUUUAAUUUUUUUUUUUGCUGAGAUACUUUUGACAGGUGACCCCAAAGUAACCAAUGCAAGCACUCAUGAAAGGGUUAGGGGCACUUUCCAGCAGAGUUUAUACAGGCAGGGAAAAAGGGGGUUGGGGCUAAGGGAUGGAGUGUCCAGUUUAGACUUUGUAUAGGGGAUUUUUUAUGAUCUUCAUAGCUUUUAACAAAGGUAUAAAGCCAUUAUCUCUGUUCUAACCCUAUGGUUAGCUUGUAGAGUCUUAGUUCAGAAUUAGGGCUCAUGACUAGGUUGAGUUGCAGAAAUUUGCCAGCUGUGACAGUAGUAUUCUGCUCUGUAUCUGAAAGGUGUUUAGCCAAAGUGAAAGCCCCGUUCACCAAAGACAUCCACCUGACAUUAAUGUGUGAUGGCAGUUCCUGUACUUCUCCAAAACUGAUUGUCACUGGUUUUCAAUAAAAGCCAGCUACCAACAGCCUAUCACUCUUAAAAGACCCCCUACCACUGUCUGCUUAGCCUGCAAAGAGGCUCUCAUGUUUGGGUGUAGUGCUUCUCAUAAGAGUGCUUAAUGCUGUCUUUUUUGCCUGAACACAGGCUCUUGUGUUUGGGUCUUUGCCCACUGUAAGACCCUUCAAUGAAUAAAUACUUGAUGUUCAAAGAAGCAUAUUCUAAUUGGUCAAUUUGUUAUUGUGCACCAUCAGGUUUAGGAAGCAGACCCUUUAUUGCAACUGGAGAUGCAAGGCCAGCCUCUACAAUGCCAGUUGAUGACUAUUCCAAACAAUUCAGGAGAGAACUGUUAAACUAUCAUUACCUUGAAGGUAAUAUUAAGAUGUGAAUGAUGCAAAUUUUUUUGUUCAUUUUUAAAUGACUCCCAAACUUGUAUGAUUCAGAAAGCUUACCAGUGGGCCAUGAUAUUUUUAAAAAUCAUUCCUUUGUCCUUCCCAGGACAAAGAGCUGUAGUUAACUGAUGUUGUGUAUCUUUUAGCUCUAAAAGGCUCCUCUGGUGAUCACUCAUCUCCUUCAUCCAUGGAAUAUGGACAGUGUCCUCUUCCUUCAACUUCAUUGCCUCAAGACAACCUUUUUGAAGGGAGAAGUCACUCUCAAAGUUAGUGAAAUUUUAAAUGAGUCCUAAACUUGCAUACCUUGGAAAGCUUACCAGUGGACAGUGAUAUUUUUAAAAACCAUUCCUUUGUCUUUCCCAGGACAAAGAGCUUUAGUUAACUGAUGUUGUGUAUCUUUUAGCUCUAAAAGGCUCCUCUGGUGAUCGCUCAUCUCAUUCAUCCAUGAAAUAUGGACAGUGUCCUUUUCCUUCAACUUCAGUGUCUCAAGACAACCUUUUUCAAGAGAGAAGUCACUCUAAAAGUUAGUGAGAUUUGUGGUUAAGUGUUAUUACUACACUUUUUAGUUUUUCAUGUAAAGUAAAGUUUAUUAAUGCUAUUGUUGUUAUUAUUAUUAUUAUUAUUAUUAUUACUAUUAUUGUAUUUCUUGUUAUCAUAAUGCUUUGCUUUCAGAGACAUAAACUGUACUGUUUUUGUAUAUAGUUAAUUUUAUAUCUUUUAGAGAAAUGUUUCAAAACAUUCAGCAAUUGGCACAAAAGGGAACAUACGAAACUGUUUGCCAAGGGACCAGUGUUAAUGUGAUUUGUUAUAUGGCACAACGAAGAAAUUAGAGGACACAAUAUGGAAACAAAUCAAGUGCAAAUUACUACAAUGCUACAAUUUCACGUACAACGUCGGUCAUCGCUCAACAGUCGCCCGUAACAUUGCUCUGUUAUCCUCUGAAGUCAAAUUUUUAACAAUUUUUUUCGCUCAGAUACUUUUGACGUGUGACCCCAAAGUAAGCAAUGCGAGCGCUCGUGAAAGAGUUAGGGGUACUUUGCAGAAGAGUGUUUAUACAGGAGGGGAAGAAAAAGGGCUAGGGCUAAGGGAUGGAGUGUCAGGGUUAGAUUUUGUAUGGGGGAUUAUUUACGAUCCUUUCAGCUGUUAACAAAGACCUAAAGUUUGCUGAUACUUCGUGAAUCAGAUUAAAACCUUCUAACAGUGCCAUUUAGCCAUUUGGAAAAAAUGCCAUCAGAUAUUGUCAAUCAUCUGAUUUUAUUUAAGGUUAAAGGUUUUUUAUCACGGAUUGUCUGUUGCAGAUCAAGUGCAAGACAUAACAAAGUCAGAAGAACCACACGUUACUACACAAUGCGCAGAAAACCCCAAGCCAGCUGGUGAGUUUUUAAAAGAGUCAAAACGAGAUAAGAGAUAGACCCCUUUGUGUUGAACGGACGCGUUAAAUUUAAAGGCGAGGCUGGCAUUAAAAAAAAGAAAAGAAACGGAUGUGAAAUGGCGGACACCAUCUUUCACAAAUCUUCACAAUGAUCCUGCUGCACCUUCUUCUUAACCCCCCCUCCCUUCCGUAUGUUGGUGAUUUAUACUACUUCGUUACUCCGUAAGCUGUUACUGUAGUAAUCAGCGCUUCAAAUGGGAUUGAGCAUACUGCGACAAUUAUCUAGCCCGGAGGCUAUAAACACCGUAACACUAUCAACAAAUUAUUUACCUCACCCUUCAAUUUCAGAUGGUAAUUUUUUUUCUUAAAAACAAUGAAAAUCAUGAUAUCCUACAAUUAGAGGGUUCAAUAAAAAUUUUAUGAUUUGAUUACUGAGUUUUUUCCAAAUUGUUUUACGAGAUUAACUCUCUGAUAGCCCAGAGGAGACAUCUGUUAUUUUCAAUGGACGAAAUUAGUCAUGAUUACGUAAGAGAAGAACGUCAUUUGAAGGUCACAAAAGGGGCUGACAGCCAAUGAAAGAAAGAUUAAAUUACAUCGAACGAUAUUAAUUUCAAACCGUGCAUAGUAAAACAGCUAUUGUACUGCAGUAGUAACGGCGAUCUUGGUCAGGGGCUUCGCCAGGACUUUUUAUGGGAGAGGGGAGCUGGCCUUUUCUAGGCUAAAAAGCGAGCAGGCAAAAAAAAAUUGCAUGCAAGCGCAUUCUACAGUUGUGGUAGUCAGCGAAACAGUUCUUUCCAUUUGUCCUCGCGCUGUUCUGCGCCGCCGCUUUUUUGAUCCUCUCCAGUGAUUGAAAGCGUUGAAGAGGCUAAACGGGGGGGUGGAGGGUCUGGAGGAAGGGGUCACGGACGCUUUUUUAACUCGUUUCUUUAUGAGAAUUCCACUAUGAAAAUGUGUCACUCACUCAGUAAGUUGUAGAUACUAGUAGUUAGUCGUCCCGUACUCGUCCGAACACGAAACCAUAUUGGAGUACUAUCCGCGCAUAAAACGAUAGAAAUGCUCUGUUACAGUUUACAUUAAGGAUCGUUGCUUUAAAUAUCACCUUCCAAGUGAACAAAAAUUCAUUGAGUUCAGGCGCAAACCUAAUGCAGUGAAUUGCCUCGAUUGUUUAUGAUCUGAUAUAAAACAAGAACCGUGAUUAACUUCAGUUAUCUUAUUGAAACAUUGGCCACUGGAUCGAUUAGAAGCGGACGAAGAUAACCCUGUGCUUCUCUGACGAUAGAAAACUUGUGGAAUUCAUUUCCACAUAUCUUCAAUUAAAAUUAGUCAAAAAUACUAGCAGUCUCAUAAAAUGCGUUCUGAGAUAUUUUCAUUCCGAGGCAGAAAACUUAUCAGUUGCAAGCGGGAGGAAACCGUGUAAGCAAAGAUGAUUGCGUUACAUUGCAAACAUUUAUUGAGCAACUGUGAGGCGAAACGUGACAGUAAUGGAAAAUAGCGGAAUUUUGCUUGUGCAGGCGAAGAAAGAUUUGAAUCGCAGAAGCUAAAUUUGACAAAUUUUGCAAACGGACAUUCGAUAAACGCAGAAUACUAUUUUGUGCUGUUUUUGUUGACUAUAUAUGCGUUUAUUUGCUGCGGAGUUGGAUGUUUACCAUAAUUGUGCAUCUCUCCGUGAUUUUCCGGAACUUUGGCUUUUAUGAUGCAAACCUUGCGUUGCUGUAAGACCAGUUAUAAUAAGUCGUAACCAUGGUUCUUCUCUGGAUUAAGUACUUUAUGCACAAGUGGGCCGUAGGUAUUCUUUGAUUUUGUGUCUGGUGACUUAUACCGCUGCGCUAUCUUUUGCAUAAGCGGGCUCCUAUUUGCGCGGUGAAAUCUGGCAGAUGGAGUUUUUGCCAUGCAGAUUUUAUCAAAGAAGUGUGUUACGUGAUGAAAUAAUUAUUAUAUGCAAAAGUGAUAAUUAUUUAGUUAACGCAGAUUUUCAUUUAUCUCUCCAGAUUACCCUGAGAAACUUGUGAAGCUGAUCAGACGAGAGUACAAAGGAGCUGUAUUGUGUCCCUUCCCUUGGUGUGAGGAAGAAUUGCAAUUCGAACUUUCCAAGAUAUUUACAAGACUGAAGAUCGUUGGCCGGAAGAAAGAACGAGCAAAGUUGACAAAAGACCCCGUCAAAAUGACUGGUGUCUUCAGACCACAUAAAAAAUGUGAAUGUCAAAGUGAAUGUAAAUGUGAACGUGAAGAACCAAGAGUGGUUUUAAUUGAGGGGCCACCUGGGGUGGGCAAAACCACCUACUGUCAGAAGCUUGCAUAUGAUUGGUCAGUAGGGGACACAACAACUGAAUUUUCUUUUCCUAAAGUGGACAUGCUUCUUCGGUUGACGUGUCGUGACAUGAAGACUGCUAAAAUUGAGGACGCUAUCGAUGAUCAGCUACUACCUCUUGAAGUAGAGAAGACAGACAAGGAAAAAUUCUUCCAUUAUAUUCGCAGCAAUCAAUCUAGAAUCUUGUUUAUGCUUGACGGAUUGGAUGAAUUACCUAAGAACCUGUUUGAAGAAUUUUUGCCUUUUAUUAAAGGAAAAGUGUUCCCAUUCAGUUAUCUCAUGUUAACAGCACGACACGAGGCAGGGAUGAAAGUUCGGCGACACUGUGAUGCGCUGUUUGAGAUUUCAGGCUACACCGAAGAAGAUGCAGACAGUUACAUAAAGAAGUACUUCAGCAGUCACGACAAACCGAGCCUUGCAAAGGAAUUGAUUGACGCAAUAGACAAAGACUCAAAGCUCAGGAAAUUGACUGCCAAUCCACUGAACACAGCUCUUUUAUGUCUUGUUUUUGAAGAUACAGGUGGUAUAUUACCUUACAACAGAACCAUGUUGUUUUGUGAACUUGUGAGCUGUGUUCUUAGAAGAUAUUGUUCAAAAAAGGAAAUAUCUUUGGACAAUAAAAGUCCUAUACAGAAGUUCACAGACCAGUUGAAUCAGUUAGGCAAGUUGGCCCUUGAAGCUCUGUUAAAAGAUCAAUUAGCUUUCACUUUAGAAGAGCUGAAAAGUCAGUCAUCUGAAUUCCUUAAGCUUGGUUUUCUUUCUCGAGAGGCCAGUGCAAGCAAAAUCAAUUCGAAGCCGACUUAUGCAUUUAUCCAUAAGACUUUUCAGGAGUAUUUUGCCGCAUUCCACCUGGCGCACGAAUUGCUAACCACUGACAGGAUGAGCGCAGCCCUGCUGGGACAGCUUAGUCCUGUUGGUAACUACUGGCAGGUGUGGAAGUUCCUCAUCUCAACGGCAGCCAGGGAAAACGAUGAUACAGCCGUUUUACUAGUUUUGAGUAUAUGCGCUUCAUUUCAGCAUGAAAAACCAGACCGAUUCUAUAGCAAUCUCCUUUCAGAGACUUCACUACUCAAGCUAGAACUAUUAGAGCCGAGAGACUCUUGUAGAGGCCUUUCUACUAAACUUGAUGAGCGAAGAGAAUUGCCGAAAGAAACAUUUGACAGAGGGAUUUCCUUUUCAGAGAAAAUGGUUGACAUAAUUGUUCGAUGUGAACAACCUAAUAAUGAGCCUAAGCCUUACCAGAUCAAGAUGGCUGGUGCAUUAGCACGCUCUUUUCCUAUGGAUAAAAUAAGAGUGGACAAAGGAUGGGAUCGCACUACCUUGGACUCUCGAUUUCCAAUUCUUGUCUCUGAAUAUCUGAAAGGCAACGACAAACUGAACGAAUUAGAUUGGAAAUUAGACGUAUCAGCCGCAGCAGCUCUCUCAGAUGUCCUUCAAACAAGUCAUACUCUGACGCACUUACAUUUAACGCACGGCUCGUGCAUCACAUCACUAACUCCAGCUCUUCAGGCAAACCACACUUUAACUCAUUUAAAUAUGAGUCAAACCCAAGUCGGUGAUGCGGAAGCGAUAGCACUUGGAAAAGUUUUCCAGUCAAAUCGGACUUUGACUCAUCUGUGCUUAGCUUAUAAUAAGAUAACACACGUCGGAGUUGAAGCUUUAACAUAUGCUUUAAGGUCUAAUAAAACAUUGGAGAACUUGGAUAUCGGAUACAACUGCAUUGAGGAUAAGGGAGCCGAAGAACUCGGAAAAGUUCUCCAGUUUAAUCAGACUUUGACUCAUCUGUGCUUAGUAGAUAAUGGGAUAACACACAUCGGAGUUGAAGCUUUAGCAGACGCUUUAAGGUCCAAUCAAGCAUUGGAGGAUUUGGAUAUCGGAUAUAACUGCAUUGGUGAUGGGGGAGCCGUGGCCCUUUCGCAAGCUUUGGAGUCUAACCGAACGUUAAGGUGCUUAAAUAUGGGUGGUGGAUUACCGCGUAAGUUUAUUGGGCUUAGUGAUCGAGGGAUUAGAGCUAUAGCACACGCUCUUCAAUGUAACAGUUCGCUUACUUACCUAGAUAUUAGUGGACACUCGGGUAGGGAAUCGGCAGUGUCAGCCCUUGGAGAGGCUCUUCAAUCAAACUGUUCUCUCACUCAUUUACACCUCAGGGGUGAGAGGGUCUCCCUUACUCGAUUUCCUUUCUUUGGUUAUUCAGCAGUAGUAGCCUUCUCUAAGGCUCUUCAGUCACGUAACACUCAGCUGACCCGUUUAGAUCUUCAAUCCACGUCAUUCAGCUCACCAUGUGCAAUAACCUUAGCAAGGGCUCUCAGGGUUAACGGUACUCUCGAGCGUUUAGAUUUGAGUUUCAACAGCAUUGACUGUCUAGGCGCAGUAGCUCUUGCACAGGCACUGAAUACAAACCAAACUCUGACGCAUUUGCAGCUGAACCACAACAAAAUCGGUGAUACCGGAGCUAAAGCAUUUGUAGAAGUUCUUCAGUGCAAUAAGACUCUAAUGUUUCUAAACUUGGAGUGCAAUUCUAUGAGUAAAUCAGGAAAAGAGCUCUUCAAGGAUUUGGAUGAAGAUGGACUCAACAAUGGCGUGACGUGGAUUAGGAAGUGA